GUUGCUUCUCGGACAGCGGCUAAUUGUUAUCAAACAGUCUCGCCAAGAGGUGCUACUCAAGAAUGUCCAUACUCAAGAACUUGUGGAAAGGAAACAACAAACAUAAGAAACUACCAGAUGAAUGGGAUCUUGCAGCAAACCAAGACUUUGACGGUGAUGACUUCACGUCUACGGGAAGUUCAUCCUACAAAGUGAAGUACUUGGGUCAUAUCCCAGUGGAUGGCAAUGACAACACCACGGACACAACGGCAAACGCCAUCGAAGCCAUCAUAUCCAUGAGUAAAGCAAAUCGCAAACUAAUUCAGAAGGUGAUGGUGUCAGUGAACCUUAAAGGCAUUGAAAUAUCGGACAGAGCAAAUGAAAAAGCAAUAAUGGAUAUUUCUAUUUUUAGGAUACGCAACUGCUUAGCUUAUGCCAAAAAUAGAAGAAUCUUUGCUUUUCUUGCCACUGAUUCCCAAGAGACCACAGAAUGCCAUGCGUUUCUAUGCUCAAAAAGGAGCAUGGCAGAGAACAUGGCUGUGACAGUGGCUCAGACGUUCACAGCUGUUUUCCAGAUGUGGCAGACGGCGCGACGAGGAAGUAUCGGCACUAUGUACUACGGAAAAUCCCCUCUACUACCGAGUUACAGUAAAUUUGAAAUGGAACAUUCCACCUUCAAAGAGAAUGUGCCUUUGUCAAGCCUAUCUAAUAAGUGGAUAAGCUUUGACGACAGUCUGAAAGAUGCCUCGUCUGAUUCCACCAGGUCCAUGGUAUUUGCGGAAGUCUAUGUUUCUCCUCCGGCAUAUUCUGAGAAGCCCUUCUCUGAAAGUCAGCUGACAAAGUCCAAUGAAUGGGCUUCUCCCUCUCCCGCAACUGCGGAACUAAUAGUAUUGUAGAAUUUAUUGUAUGUUUGAAGUUAUUUAUAUAGGUUUUUUUAUACUUUGUACAAGUUUCUGUUGACAGAAUCAAUGUAAAUAAAUUACAUAAGCUUAA